AAGGAAGGCAGGCAGGACAGGAAGGAAGCCCACCGGGAACACCCCACGCCGCCGCCUCCCUCUCCGCUUGGCCUCUCCUCCACGCCGGCCGCCAUUUUGUGCCUCCUCCUCCUCCUCUUCGUCCCCUCUUUUUCUUCUCCUCCUUCUUCUUCUUCUCCCCUCGCCGGGGCUCUCCUGAGGGAGGAGGAGGAGGGCUCGAGGGAGGGCCUGGCGUGUCCCGGAGCCGGGCGUCGCCGUCGGGCCCCAUGGCGAAGAAAACCUACGACCUGCUCUUCAAGCUGCUCCUCAUCGGCGACUCCGGCGUCGGCAAGACCUGCGUCCUCUUCCGCUUCUCCGACGAUGCCUUCAACACCACCUUCAUCUCCACCAUCGGCAUAGACUUCAAGAUCAAGACUGUUGAAUUGCAAGGAAAGAAGAUAAAACUACAGAUAUGGGACACGGCAGGACAGGAGCGGUUCCACACCAUCACCACCUCCUACUACCGAGGAGCCAUGGGCAUCAUGCUCGUGUAUGACAUCACCAACGCCAAAAGCUUUGAAAACAUCAGCAAGUGGCUCAGAAACAUAGACGAGCAUGCCAACGAAGACGUGGAGAGGAUGCUUCUAGGAAACAAGUGCGACAUGGAUGACAAGAGGGUGGUGCCCAAAGCGAAAGGCGAGCAGAUCGCAAGGGAGCACGGAAUUAGGUUUUUCGAAACUAGCGCAAAAGCAAAUAUAAACAUUGAGAAGGCAUUCCUCACGUUAGCAGAAGACAUUCUCCGAAAGACCCCGGUAAAAGAGCCCAACAGCGAGAACGUGGACAUCAGCAGUGGGGGCGGCGUGACCGGCUGGAAGAGCAAGUGCUGCUGAGGGGCCCCCUCCUCCUCUUCCUCCUCCUCUUCCUCCUCCCUGGCCAAGCGCCCUCCUCCUCCUCCUCCCCUCCUCUGCUCCUCGCUGCGGAAUAAACCACUUUGCCCAUUUUUAACCUUAAAUAUAUAUAUAUUUUUCGGUUGUUGUUCCUCAUCUUAACACGGCCUCUUCUUCCUCCUCCUUUUCCUCUUCCUCCUCCUUUCCUUUUGUUCUUCUCUUAGGGAGAGCUCACUGACUUAUAACCUUCUCAAAACUGUAUCGGGAAAAAGGAAAAAAUAAUAAUCAUGUCUUGACUUUUUAUUUUUUAAUGUACCGGCAUAUAAACGAACUCAAAAACGCACCCCCCGUUCCCGGUUGUGUUUAUAUACGGCCCAGUCUUCAAUUCUAAAGUUUAGAGCGGUGAUUUCGGAGUUCUCUUGCAAAACUGUACCAGAAUAAAUGCGUUAAAGCAGUUUAUCAUUUUUGUACAACCGCGGGGUUUUUCUUUUACUUUCUUUGUUUUGUUUUCUUAAUGGGUACUGUGCUUAAAAGUCACCGUAUUUGCAUUUGCAGAAAAAGGAAACGAAACCACUCAUUCGCCUUGAGUCUGUAAAUGGGGUUUAUUUUGUCCUGUGCCUUAAGUGGAAAGGAACUUUGGUUCUCCCCUUCCCUUCCUUUACCUUCCUUUCUUCCUUUUCCUCCUUCUUUUCUUUUUCUGGCCAAAGCAAGGCCAGAGGGCCCCAUUGACGUAGUGAACGGAGGGCCACACACAGGGGCUCGAGGGCGGACAGACAAGCAAGGCCUCCUUUUCCACACUGUCCGCGUUCCCCCUUUCUUUCUCUCCUUUCCCCUUCCCUCCCUUCUUCCCCUGCAUGCCGGUUUUACUUCCCUUCUCUCUUUUUUUAAUGGUGUGAUGUGUUCAGAGGUGGCAAUAUUGUUUUGCCAAAUUUAAUUCAGAAGCACUGAUCAUGGAUCUAGCUUUGUUUUUUUUCUUCUCUCCCCCUGAGGUUAAAAAACGUGAAGUACCUACUAACCCUUUAUUAUUUUUGUCUAGCGAACGUCGGGCCAAUGACUACCUUCCCCUUCCUUCCCUCCUUCCUUCCUUCCCUCCCAUAGUUAUUGAGGUUGAUGAUGGUGAUAUGGAAGCGUGAAUUGCAUGCGCACUCGUGUUCUCCGGAGGGCGGUGACAGCGGCGGCAUUGCGUCCCUCGUCCGCCUCGGGUGUUAGGGUUUUAGGCCACAGCCGGCUCCAUUGAUCCGGAUGUGGGUGUUUUUUGUUUUUUCUUUGCUGCUCCAGGCAGGUGACUCGGUAGCCUAGUUGGAUCUAUAUUUAAAUAUUUGGGGGGUGGGAAAUGGGGCGAAAGGGGGCGGACGGUGAACGGGCGGACAGGCCUCCCCAGUGCAGUGCGCUCCUCUUUCUCCUCCUCCUUCUGUGUUCGGCUCUUCACAAUAAAAACAAUCCCUUGUUUACAAACGUGGGCAAUUGUAACUUCUUUCUGACUCACUUUUCGGGUUUCGUUGUUGAUGCUGUAAGGACCGGAGGAAGCAGUCGUUACGUUUCCUUCCGGGAGAGCAAAGUUUGGCCUUCUCUCCAGGUGCUUUGGACUCCAACUCUCAGCAUUCCUAACAGCCUCAGACCUCUUCCUUUUCCUUCUUCGCAAGGGAACUCAAGAGCAGAUUACAAUAUAUAAAGAAACCCAGGCAAACAUUCAAUGCCUUGUUACAAAUGAGAAUACAGUGAAGCACAAAAUACAAAGGCAAAGGCUUCUCCUUUCAUUUCCGGCUCUAGAGGCACUGCUCAUCACUGGUCCUAUUUAUAUUCCGCCUUUCUCCCUGAGGGAACUCAGAGCAGAUUACAACAUACAAACAAACACAGGCAAACAUUUAAUGCCUUGUUACAAAUGAGAAUACAGUGAAACACAAAAUACAUAGGCAAAAGCUUCUCCUUUCAUUUCUGGCUCUAGAGGCAGUGCUCAUCACUGGCUCUAUUUAUAUUCCGCAAUUCUCCCCGAGGGGACUCAGAGCAGAUUACAAUAUAUAAACAAACACAGGCAAACAUGCAAUGCCUUGUUACAAAUGAGAAUACAGUGAAACACAAAAGGCAAAGGCUUCUCCUUUCAUUUCCGGCUCUAGCGGCACUGCGCAUCACUGGCUCUAUUUAUAUUCCGCCUUUCUCCCUGAGGGGACUCAGAGCGGAUUACAACAUAUAAACAAACACAGGCAAACAUUCAAUGCCUUGUUACAAAUGAGAAUACAGUGAAACACAAAAUACAUAGGCAAAGGCUUCUCCUUUCAUUUCCGGCUCUAGAGGCACUGCUCAUCACUGGCUCUAUUUAUAGUCCGCCUUUCUCCCCAAGGCAACUCAGAGCGGAUUACAACAUAUAAACAAACACAGGCAAACAUUCAAUGCUUUGUUACAAAUGAGAAUAAAAGGAAAAGGAAAGGGCCUGAGGUUGUUAGGAAUGCUGGGAGUUGGAGUCCAAAACUCCUGGAGGACCACCCUUCGCAUAAUGCAUUUCCCCCGUUCCCUUCUUCGUCCCGUUACCGAUGCACAGAGAGCAGUAUUGUACAUAGAAAUGGCUGUCCCUUUUGUUUCCCCCUCCCCAGAUCUGCACUUUCUAACCUUAUCACGAAAACAAACAAACAAAAAAAGGGAAUAUGGAGUAUGCAGCAUCUUUCUUUGUUUUGUUUUUUUAAAAUAAUAGCCUUUGUUUAAACAUAAUGCGCUUCUUAUUUUGAUUUGCUUCCGGGCGCCUGGCCCUCUCUCUUUCUCUCUCCUGUAUGAUGAUGACGAUGAGUCUCUCUCUGUCUCUCUCUUUACGAAUUCUUUGUAAAAGCUUUCCUCUUCCUGAGGCACCGAGGGGCUGUGGAGGGAGACCAAGCAGCCCCCUCUCUGGUACUACUAGCUGAGAAUUCAUAUUCUACUUAACAAGGUAAAAAUAAACUGAAAUGUUUCUA